AUGUCGGACAAAAUCACCUCCAAGAACCUCUCCUACGACACCAAGAUCCCGCCGUUCCUGCGCGCGCUCCACGCACAAGCGGCAGGCAACUCAGCGGAACCCGACCCGAUCCUCGCGAAACGACGUAGGGCCGCGAAGAAGCGCUCCGACAGCGAGGAGGCGGAGGACGCGCCGCUUGUCGUGGACGAGGAUGGUAACGUCGUGGUGGAUGUGCGGGUGGACAAGGACGGCGGCGUAGAGGAGGACAAGGUGAAGAAGGACGAGGGGGAAAAGGGGGACGCCGCGGAGGAAAAGCGGGAGGCGGAAAAGGUCGCUGGUAUCGGCGGCAGUAAGAAGAGGAAGGCUGGCAAGGUCGUUGGCGACGCGGCUGAAGAUGCAAAGGACGACGGAAGUAAAGAGACCAAGGACGACGAGGGCUCGAAAAAAAAGGCUGGCAAGAAGAAGGGGAAGAAAAUCAAGUUGAGCUUCGACGAGCCGGAAUGA